CCUUUUUUGAGCUAUAAAGAACAUCACCAAGCACAUUCAGAACGGGAAAACUUACAUAAAACAAUUAUACUUUGAAAAAGACCUUUUUGUUUCAGGCAGCAAACAAAAUCUGCAAUUUGCGACUAUCACCUUUUGCGAUUACUUGACCAUUUUAUUAUUUUAUUAUUUUACUAACUGCAAUGUCUGGUUCCUCUUCUUCAUUGUACUCGUCCUUUAGAGUUUCCAAUAAAGCUCAAAAAAGAAAAAAGCAUACUAAUUCAAAACUUGGUUGCAAGCAGUGCAAAGAAAGAAGAAUCAAGUGUGAUGAGACCUUUCCAGAAUGCUUGAAGUGUCAAAGAUACAACAACAAUAAGAAAAAAAUAUCCAAAACGAUUCCCCAUGAUCAGCUAUUGAGAUGCUCCUAUUGCGAUUACACUCAAGCUCAAAUCGAUGAUUAUAAUUUCAAAAAAAAUACCAUCUUUAUCAGCAAUAAUCCUCUAUCUGACAAUAGUAACAAUAAUAGAAAUAACAUCACUUUUGCUAGCCAGAAUUUCAAUAUUGCUAAUACCACUACUAGCUUCGAUAAUAACACAACCGUUAUGUCUGCUAAUAAAAUCCAAAAUAAAAAUGAUGGUGAUGGUGAUGGUGAUGGAAAUGACAAUAUUUUUAUUAAUAUGAACAUGGAAAACCAAAAAAUUCUCCAUAAUCCCACCUAUGGGAAUAAAGAUCUUCGCAAAAAUGACAAAAAUAA